AAUUCCGCAGCUUGCUGGUCUUGUUUUGACAGCUUGGACGGAGCGUUCAAACACACCCACCCGUCUCUGACCGUGUAUCUGCUCUCUCUCUUACUGUUCCCGGACAUUGUUCGAUCAGAACAACCGAACUCGACCCGCUGCGACACCGACAACACGGUUAACUCAUAGGCAGUGAGAGUCCACAUGAGUCGCAGUCGGAACCCCCCUCCCCGGGGUCAAGGGGCAGCGCGAGCCAAACAGAUGGGGCUGCUCCUUGACCUGACCCCGGGUGGAGGGAUGGACGACGAGGGGAAUGAUGAAGAGCUGGAGGCAGAGCUGCUGAAUCUGGUCGGGGGAGGAGGAGGAGGAGGAGGAGGGAGAACACAAGGGACGAAAGGAGAAGGGAGAGCUCCCGUUCACAUGGCUGAAAUCGAGCGAAUGGCAGCCCUUUGCAUGAAAGACCUGGACGUUGAAGAAAUGGGGGAUGACGAUUUGGAUGAUGAAGAUCUGCUGGCAGAAUUGAAUGAAGUUUUGGAGGAUGAUGAGGUACAAGCCCCUGCUCCCAUCCCUCCCACUGUCUCACCGGCCGCUCCCAAAGCAAGCGUCACAUCCCACUCUGCUGCUCCCGGUGGUGCAACUGGGCCGGAAUCCUGCCUGUUGGAGCGUAUCGAAAUGUAUAAGACUGCCAUUGCUAAUGCCAAGGCUGCAGGGGAGACCAGCAAAGUUCGACGAUAUGACCGCGGGUUAAAGACAUUACAGUCCAUGUUGACAUCUUUCAAGAAAGGAAAACCAGUCAACGAGGAAGAAAUGCCUCCUCCUGUUGCUCUUGGUGGAAACCCCAAUGUCACUGCAGGGUCUGAAUCCGUCAAGGAACGAGAACUGCCAGAGCCAGUGCUGGUGCCCCCUCCACCCACCAAUCAGAAACCACUGAGGGAGGCUCCGCCAACAGCCCCUAAUACGAAGCCAGUUUUUCUGACCCCGCCCCAAAAGCCUGCUGCUGCCAUCACCCCAGAAACACCUGCGAUCUCUCCACUCACCCCCUGCCAGCCCGGUGCACAGCACUCUGAGCUGAAACAGGCGGUGUUGUCCAGACAGAGGGAGUACAAGAUGGCUGCCAUAAAUGCCAAACAGAGCGGUGAUAUUGACCAGGCCAAACAGCUCUACCUCACUGCUAAGAAGUUGGACAUGCUGGUGGAGGCACUGGACAGAGGCGAACCCGUAGACCUGUGCUCACUACCUCCGCCUCCUGGAGACGUAUUAGUAGAACACUGUGCACCUCCUCCCCCUCAGUCCUCUUCCAAGCCUGCUGCCCCAGGUGUUCCUGCACCCACCAAUGUGGCCCCUUCAGACCUGCCUGCUCCCAGCAGUCUGGCAGAAGCCCUGCAGCAGAGGUUGGACAUCUACAAGUCAGCAGCAGAGGGAGCUAAGAGCAAAGGAGACGAUCGUAAGGCCAGAAUGCACCAGCGCAUUGUCAAGCAAUACCAGGAUGCCAUCAGAGCUCAUAAAGCUGGACGACCUGUCAACUUAUCCGAUCUGCCUGUUCCACCAGGCUGUCCGCCACUUCAGGGCUCGGAGGGGGGUCAGCAAAACUUCCUUGGUGUCCUGGAAACGGCGAUGAAAAUAGCGAAUCAGGAUGCAGAUGCUGAUGAUGAUGAAGAGGAUGGUCCAAUGGAGGCUGCCAAGCCUGCAGUGCGCCCAACCAUCCAGAAAGCGAAGUCCCCUGCUCCGCAGCCCCCUGGAGGCUCCUCAGCCCAGAAGCUGGGACCUAAAGCCCAGCAGCAAGUUGAUUUCCUGUUGCUAAGGCGACAGAUGUUUUUGCGCGCAGCACUGCGCUCCAAACAGAUGAAGGACAUGGCAGGAGCCACGCAGCACCUCAGACAUGCCAAGGGACUGGACCCCAUGAUCACUGCUGCCAAGUCGGGCCUACCUGUCGAUAUCACCAAGAUUCCCAAUCCCCCAGAGGAGGACUACUCACUGUCUCGCUCGCGUACCUCCCCUCUCUCUCCUCGGUCCAGUGAACAGUACCACGGCCUUAUGGAUCUUUUACGCAAGCAGCACGAGAAAUGUCUGAGCUGCUGCCAGCAGUUCAUACUCCUGGGCAAUGUAGCUGAGGCUCUGAAGUUUGAGCGGCUUGUUGAGGAGUGUGUGAAGUACAUAGAGAUACUAAAGAAUGCCCACGCUAAAGGCCACCCAGUCCCCAAGUGCCGCACAGAGGAGAGGACCCUCAACUCUGUCAAGAUCAACUCCACUUUGACACUCAAUGACCUGAUACUGUACGUAAACAAAGGCAUCAACCUACCAGCUCCCUCAGGUGUCUCAGCCAACGAUCUGGAUGCAAGUGUGAAAUUUGAGUUUCCUUUCCCCAGUGCGGAGGAGGCACAGAGGGACAAAACCAGCACAGUAAGGAGCACGAACAGUCCAGAGUUCAAAGAGCAAUUCAAACUCAACAUCAACCGCGCCCACCGAGGCUUUAAAAGAGUCGUCCAAUCAAAAGGCAUCAAGUUUGAAAUCGUCCACAAAGGGGGCUUGUUCAAGACAGACAAAGUAGUGGGCACGGCUCAGCUGAAGCUAGAGGCUCUAGAAAACCACUGCGACAUCAGAGAGAUCAUAGAGGUGAUGGAUGGACGCAAAGCCACAGGUGGCAAGUUGGAGGUGAGGGUGAAGAUCAGAGAGCCUUUAUCAGGAGUCGAUCUCCAACCAGUGACAGAGAAGUGGCUUGUACUUGAGCCCGUCUCAUCCCUCUCUACUCCGGAGAAACAAAAGGAACGGGCUCCAUCUCCUCGGUCUAAACCCAGACACGAAGUGAGCAGCAGGAGCAGUCAUCCCAACAACUCCCCUCCACAGUACAAACUCCACAGCUUCAGCCUCCUCAACUAUGACAGGGAGCGGCUGGAGAGAAAGAUUGCAGAGUACAGAAAGAAUCGGCGGGAUCCCCCGUCUGACCUUGUCCAUCAACUCAAAGAGGUCACACACAGACUGCAGUGGCAAAAAGCUCAGCUGGAGCGAGCAUCUCCUGCUCUGUUGACAGAAUAUGAGACUGUGCUGCGGCACUUCGUCAAAGGACUCGCUGACUCUGUGAAGAAAUACUCCAGCCAAGGCAACAGAGAUGCUGCCAAGGAUGCGCUGGGCAGGUUGAAGAUGGUAGAGAGUGAACUGGAAUCACUGAAGAGGAAACGCGCUGGAUAAGAGGAGAGAAGGGGAGGAGAGACUUGGCUGGAGGACUGUUGUUUCAUCUCUCUCUGUCUUAUACAGUAAACACGCAUAUACAAACACUACCAUCUGUACUUUAAGCAUGUUCAGCAUGACGCUACGCUGCUCAUGUCCAUGACAACUGCAUGAACAAAACCCGCCACUUCUGUCAGUUUAUCAUAUAACUUGUGUCUCUUGUGGUCCGUCGCCUGCCACAAUAACAAAUCUGUAACUGCAAAGGGACACAAAUUAGAGGUAGAAGUAUAAUGUGUUGACGAGGGCAGGGAGAGCCGGGCUUAUUUGCACUUAAACAAGGAGGACACAACAGAAAACUGCUUUUGAAGUACAGCUUUACAGACUAUACUCUGUUAAUUGUUAUGUUUUUUUAAAUAUAUAUAUUUUCCAUCUUUCCUUUGAAAAAAUCUUUGCUGAAGACGAAUGUCAAAAGACUUAACAUUUUACCUUUGACACCAGCUCAAAGAGCCUUCUGGUUUCCAUUGAUGACCAAGAAAUGUGUACAUACGUGUGUUUAACUGAUGGGCCGAGGUGUUUUUAACCCCUUUUCCCAUAUUUUAUGUGUGUAAUGAGCUUAAUCUAAUCUGUCUGCUCCAGUGUUCCCAGAUUACGGUAAUCUGCUCCGUUUGGAGUGGUGUGAUAUGGGAAUAAAAAAAAAAACAGAUACAGCCUACAACCCAUAAUGAGGGAUUAGUGUUUGUGUCACCAAGGAGACGACUAGAUCAGACGCAGAGUCGCCUUUGGGGCUGUGGAGAGGAGGUGUUAACAGCGUGGCAACAGCUUAGCCCUGCUAAAAGAUUGCUUCUUCUUCUUCUUCGCCUGCUUCAUCAGCAGCUGUUUCUUCUUUGUUGCCUUCUUCAUCUUCACUUUCUUAACUCCAUUGCAUUAGUGUGUUGAGAGAUUGUUUGGAUUCUUGAGUAAUAUGUUUGCUCCACUUUGAGUUUCUUUAAAUCUUAAUGCAAUAUCCAGUCCAUUGUGCUGCUAAUCAGAAAAUAAUGAGCAGCUGCUGUGUCAAUGUUCUGCUAUUUCCCACAGAUUUUGGUGUAUGCAGAUUAGAAAAAAAAACAGAUCCUGUCCCACUGAGCUCUCCAGUGGCAACACAGUGGAUGCUGAGUAGUCUGCCCACAUGAGGACAACUCUGUAUCUGUCAGUAAGGCUGGGCAAUUGCUCAUUUCAAUUUCUGUUACCCCAAAGACAUCCCCGUCAUAGGGAUCCCUGUUAUUCCUCUCUACGUUAAACCUACGUAAAAUCAAGGGGAUCUGGUCAAACUUUGUAAGAUGCAGAUUCCUACUGCCCAAGGCAGUCUCCUUUUAAUUAAUUGUUUACCACAAAAACACUAGAUAUGCCAAAACAGUAAUUUUUGUGCAGCCACUUGUUCUCUGCUCUGUUGCGUUUUGAGGACAGAUAUUUUCAGAGUGGUGUGUUUGAAAACCGACUAACCUGACGGCAGACUCGAUCCACGUCGAUUGCAUGCAGCCAGGAUGUAGCAGACUUCACUCUCUGUUUAUGUUUGACUCUUCUGUGGUGGUCUGUUAACUCCACUAAUAGUUUUUUGGUCACGUGGCACAGCAGAGAAUCAUGCGUUUGCCCUAAUCCACCCACCAUCUCACUCCAUUAGCAAAUAAUCCCGGUUAAAGUUGACCUGAUACAGCUCUGCCUAGACUGUGAUUUUUAUGUAACACCCCCUUCCCCCUCUUUUUUAUAAGGAGAGGUUCUCCUCUGACUCUUUGUAAAUGGUACAUUAUAUCAGCGAUGGACAGGACAGAUGAACCUCUGAUUAUAGUGAAAUUGCCGGUAUCUGAAUAUGGGUUGACACCUUAGAAUAUACCAGUGUGUUUGCAAUGUUUGGCAUCUCAACUUCAAGUUGUGUAAAGUUAAGUUUUCAGACUUUUGAACGUAGUUUCUCUUCCAGGCAUCCAUUGGUUUCCAUUAAUUUCCAUGCAGUACGAAAUUAUUUUAAACAUUUGAGUCAUUGAGUUGUGUAGACUCAAAGCUUCUACUCAGAUCUGUUCAUUCUGUGUGGAAAAGAAUGAAAACCAAUGGCUGCCUGAAACGAAAUUGAAGAUAUGGGCUGCAACUAACCAUUAUUAUCAUUACUGAUUAACCCUCAAGUUGUUUCCUGAUUGCUGAAAAGCCAGAAAAGAAUGAAAGAUGUCCUCAAACCCACACCAACGGAUUCAAAUUGCUCGUUUUCCUUAAACUAGCCCAACUCCCAGAGAUAUUGAGUUACUAUCCCAUUAGACAAUGAAAAUAAUUAUACACUCAUAAUUUAGUAGCGGCAACAAGAUAUUUUGUAUUUUUUGCUUAAAAGAAAUAUUAAUACAACUAAACAAAUUCUAAAACUGUUUCUAAAACAAAGCAACAUGGUAUGCAAAAAUGGGAUGUAAAGUAAAUGUGACUCGGGCAAAAACAUGUCAAACCAUUGGUAUGAUCGUAACAUACGUACAGUAGCUCUGAUCCAACUCGCAUGUGUUAACAGCAUCAGCAGCACACAGAAAAGCUGCAGCUGUGCCGAACCCCAUUUCUUUUCAAUUCAGUAGCUUUAACCCCAUUUCACCUCAAACACACAGACCCUCCAUCUCUGUCGCCCCACUCCUCAAGUAACCUUGUGGCCUCAGAGGCUGUUCUGUUGUCACGGCAACAAGCUCAUCGGCAUUCAUUGUGGUAGCUGGAUGGUCAGGACCUGGGCAGACAGACAUAUUGUUAGUUUGUCCCACAAGUGACUCGCAUUACACACACACACACACACUCUUACUCUCUUUCUUUCACUCUGUUUUUUUUUACUCUUUUCUUUUUAUUGUCCUAACUACCACACUCCAUUUGAAAAAAAAAAAGUUUAUCGUUACUGUUAAUUUUUCUGUCUUGAUCAGCCGCAAUUAAUGCGUUAAUCUGGAUUUGGGGAGAUGCUAUUGUUGACAUUUUUUUUGUUCCCAAAUCCGUUAAAUCAUAUAAGGGCAAUCAAUAUAUAUUGAAUGUAAAUAUACAAGAUAAAAUGCACUGUCUCUAUUUUAAGUGUAAGUCCUGAUGACGUGUGUAGCUCAACAUGGGAAUGUAUGAAAGCCUGAUUGUUUAGGCUUUAGUAUCUUAUACACGAGGUCAGUGUGAACAUGAAUAAAAUGGUAUCUGCUCUGA